AUGGCAUCAGCGGUUUUAGGACUUGGUCGUGUUGGCUAUACCCAGGAUAGCCUUCAAGACUCACUGGUCAGUUACAGACCAGUGCGGCGAACGCCAACAGUGACUGUGGCACUAUUCUUCUUCGUUUUUGUCGGAAUUACAAUGUUGUAUAACAUGGUAGGUGAUGUUUGUCACAUGCGCAACACUAUUUCACAGUUUUGCCGUGAUGAUGAGUUUUCUCGUCCUCUGGAAGCUAUCAGCCGAAAGAAUUUCUUG